CUCUCCAAGUACUCAACAUGUUCAUGGCGUCACGCGUCUCUCUCUCCCGUUCGAUCCACGUAAUUCUAAAACGCCCUUAUUUUUCCCAUAUUGCCCCCAAUAAAUUUCCAAAAUCCCAUUUCUGCCCUCUGUGGUCCUCUUCUUUCUCCUUCUGCCUCCAAUCUCUACAUAUUUCCACUCCUCUCUCUGUCUUACCUUCACACUUGCUCGCUUAUUGCUAUUCUUCACUCUCCCCUCCUACAAUGGCUGCUUCUGUUGAGAAUCUCCACGCCAAUCCUCUCUUACAGGACUUUGAAUUCCCUCCCUUUGAUGUUGUCGAUGCUAAACAUGUUCGACCUGGGAUUCGUGCUCUGUUAAAGAAGCUUGAGACUGAUUUGGAAGAAUUGGAGAGAACAGUGGAACCAUCAUGGCCAAGGUUGGUGGAGCCAUUGGAAAAGAUUAUAGAUCAGUUGACUGUUGUUUGGGGGGUCAUUAAUCAUCUUAAGGCUGUUAAGGAUACACCUGAUCUCCGUGCUGCAAUUGAAGAAGUCCAGCCAGAAAAAGUCAAGUUUCAGCUUAGGUUGGGACAAAGUAAACCAAUUUACAAUGCAUUUAAGGCUAUCCAAGACUCUUCUCAAUGGCAGUCACUAAGUAAUGCUCAGAAACGUAUAGUGGAAUCCCAAAUAAAGGAGGCUGUUCUUAAUGGUGUUGCUCUUGAAGAUGAUAAAAGGGAAGAAUUCAACAAAAUUGAACAGGAACUGGAAAAGCUAUCUCAAAAGUUUGGAGAGAAUGUAUUGGAUGCCACUAAGAAAUUUGAAAAACUCAUUACCGACAAAAAAGAAAUUGAAGGGUUGCCUGCUACAGCUCUUGCAUUGGCUGCACAGACAGCAACGUCUAAGGGGCACAAAGAAGCAACAUCUGAGAAUGGACCAUGGAUAAUUACAUUGGAUGCACCAAGUUUUAUGCCUGUCAUGCAACAUGCUAAAAACCGUGAUUUGCGUGAAGAAGUCUACCGUGCUUAUGUAACUCGUGCUUCAACUGGUGAUCUGGAUAAUACACCUAUUAUUGACCAAAUAUUAAAGCUUAGACAGGAAAAAGCUAGGCUUCUCAAUUAUAGCAACUAUGCUGAGGUAAGCAUGGCAACAAAAAUGGCGAGUGUUCAGAAGGCAGAAGAGCUCUUAGAAAAGCUACGCGCAGCUUCUUGGGAUGCUGCAGUGCAAGAUAUGGAGGACCUUGAAAUUUUUGCCAAAAAUCAAGGUGCAAUAGAAGCAAAUGAUUUAAAUCACUGGGAUAUUAACUUCUGGGCUGAGAGACUUCGUGAGUCAAGAUAUGAUAUUAAUGAGGAAGAACUACGGCCAUAUUUUUCAUUGCCAAAGGUUAUGGAUGGCCUUUUCAAUCUCGCAAAGAUGCUUUUUGGAAUUCAUGUUGGACCAGCUGAUGGUUUAGCUCCUGUUUGGAACAAUGACAUUAGAUUCUAUUGUGUUAAGGAUUCCUCUGGUUGUCCAAUUGCAUACUUCUAUUUCGACCCAUACUCUCGUCCAUCUGAGAAAAGAGGAGGUGCAUGGAUGGAUGAGGUUGUUAGUAGAAGUCGGGUUCUGUCACGCAAUGGUACUGUGCCAAGGUUGCCUAUUGCCCACAUGGUGUGCAAUCAAACACCACCAGUUGGAGACAAACCAAGCCUUAUGACUUUUCGGGAGGUUGAAACUGUCUUCCAUGAAUUUGGUCAUGCCCUUCAGCAUAUGCUGACCAAGCAAGAUGAAGGUCUUGUUGCUGGAAUUCGAGGAAUAGAGUGGGAUGCUGUUGAAUUGCCCUCACAGUUCAUGGAAAAUUGGUGUUAUCACAGGGAAACCUUGAUGGGCAUUGCAAAGCACUAUGUGACUGGGGAGACUCUCCCAGAAGACAUAUAUUUGAAGCUCCUUGCUGCAAGGACUUUCCGUGCAGGUUCCCUUAGUCUUCGUCAGUUGAGAUUUGCCUGUGUAGACUUGGAGUUACACACAAGGUAUAUACCUGGUGGGUCAGAGACCAUCUUUGAUGUUGAUCAAAGGGUGUCUAAGAGGACACAAGUGAUCGCGCCGCUGCCUGAAGAUAGAUUCCUUUGUAGUUUUAGCCAUAUUUUUGCAGGUGGAUAUGCAGCUGGAUACUACAGUUAUAAGUGGGCGGAGGUUCUAUCUGCAGAUGCUUUCUCAGCUUUCGAGGAUGCUGGAUUGGAUGACAGCAAGGCUGUCAAGGAAACAGGACACAGAUUCCGGGAGACAGUUCUUGCUCUUGGAGGUGGAAAGGCACCAUUAGAGGUUUUUGUGGAGUUCCGUGGACGUGAACCUUCACCGGAGGCACUGCUCCGACAUAAUGGUUUAUUACCAGUUAUAGCUUCAGCAUGAGUUCUACUGAUCAUCUGUAUUCUGACAGUGUAGAACGUUUCUAAGUGGUCGUCAGGCUAUUGAAUGCUGCGCUGUGAACUGAUCAUUAUGGGUUAAAUUCAGAAAGCAAAUUGCCUGUGAUUUGCUAGGGACCUAUGGCAAUCGUCCAAAUCCUUGUUUAGUUCAGUUGGUAAAUUUAAGAUGUACAAGACCUUGAAAAUAACAGCAAUGAAAUAAAAAUUUCCCCUCAAA